GGUUGACCGGAAGACAACACAAGGGUUUAGGGGGCAGCUGGAGAACAGUGUUUCGAGGUAGUUAACGUUGUUGACCUGUAUAUCACCAUCAAAGACUAACUAGAGUUGUGAAUUGAAUACAACUCUUUCCUGCUGAUAAAAUAGUUUUAGGCAUUUAUCUUUAAUUAACCCGCACAGUAUAAGGCCUACAGUACGUUAGGUUUAGAUUCUCCUUCAGAUGACGCAGCUGUCUCCUGUUAGUCCCGCCCUCUCAUGCACUUUAAAACCAGACUGACAACCUGGCACCACUCCCCAGUGCAGCGCUGUAGCUCAGUGCAGUGAGUUUCGGUGGUAAUUCAAUAAGACAUCACAUCUGAUCAGGGCCACCAACUGCUCCCUAUAGUCCUAGCGUCGAGGAAAUUAUCUAAAUAUUAAUAUAUUAUACUGUCAGUGAGAACCGUGUCGGGAUACAGAGAUAGAUCACCUCUCCGUCAGUUCUCAUGGCUCCAUUUCUGCUCCUGUUGAUCCUCCUGUCUGGAGCAUCUUCUGGAGAGCUUGUGGUACCAGUGCCUGGAGAUGAUGUCGUUCUGUCAUGUCGGGCUGCUGGUUCCUCCAUCAGAGUUGUGGAGUGGACCAGACCAGACCUGAAGCCAGAUAUUGUCCUCUUAUACAGAGGUGGACACUUGACUCCAGACGACCAGCAUCCAUCCUUUAAGGACAGGGUGGAGCUGGUGGACAGAGAUCUGAAGGACGGAGACGUGUCUUUAAUUUUGAAGAAUGUGAGCAGACACGACGCUGGAACAUACAAGUGUCGAGUUAAAUCUGCUGUUACUAACCAAAUCAGACUCAUCAGCACCAUCCAUCUGCAGGUUCCAGACCUGACUGUGGUAACAGUGCCUGGAGAUGAUGUCAUUCUGCCAUGUCGGGCUGCUGAUUCCUUCAUCAGAGUUGUAGAGUGGACCAGACCUGACCUGGAGCCAGAUAUCGUCCUCUUAUAUAGAGAUGGAAACCUGGAUCCAACCCACCAGCAUCCAUCCUUUAAGAACAGGGUGGAGCUGGUGGACAGAGAGCUGAAGGACAGAGACGUGUCUUUAACUCUGAAGAAUGUGAGAAGCAUCGACAACGGAACAUACGAGUGUCGAGUUGAAUCAGAUGAUUCAAGACGUAGAAAGAGAUCCAUCAGAGACUCUGAGCCAAUCAGAAUCAUCCGUCUGCAGGUUACAGAGCCAGCAGGUCCUGAGGAUGGACCCUCCUCUCCUGGAGGCCUCAUCGUUGGACUGGUAGCAGGUGUUCUGCUUCUUGUAGCUGCUGCAGUGGGUGGUGUCCUGAUGUAUAAAAGACGUAAGAACAAAGCUUCUGUUGUUCUUUGAUAUUUGUAAAGGUUAACGCCCGACGGUGAGGUUGCCUCCGCCGAAGACCAUUAAUACCUCACAAUGGACACCUCGAAGGGCAUUGACCCGCUUAUACCAUGGUCAUGUCGGUUUCCUAUUCUGCACCAGGACUUCACACUUCACUUCACUCACGCUGUGUGACCAAAGCCCCUUCUAACACCCACCACUGUAGCCUCUAUGCAUUAGUCGGCUGGCCCUCGUUACACACUCAACGCUUAACUCACUGGUACCAACUCAUCUCCAAGUCCAUGCUGGGCAAAGCCCCGCUGUACCUACACUCACUGGUCACGAUAGGUUUACCCCCCCGCAGCCUGCGCUCUAGCAGCUACAUCUCCUCGGUCGACCCAAAAGUCAACACCUCCUUUGGCCGCCAAAGUGGCCUUCCAGUUCUCAGCUGACAAUGACUGGAAUGCACUUUAAAAAACUCAAACUCAAAACCAUUAUCUCACUAACUGCCGUCAAAGCACAUCUGUCUGACUUCCUGUCUGAUCACUGGACAUGCCAACUGUUCCCCAUCAGUUUUGUGCCCCUGAUUGCAUUAUUGUGUUCCAUUAUCUCUGCCACGCCCCAUUGCAUAUUUGUACAUAUUCACCUGCAUUGCUGUCUCAUUCUGUUUAUGUUCUUUUGCGCUAUUCAUCCGUGUGUUAGACUGUCAUUCCUCCCACCAUUGUUGUCACACUAUUUCACAUUCUGCACUACCUGUAUAUUGACUCUACUACGUUUCAGCAUUUAUAUAAUCUGUCUAUUUUAGUUUAUUAUGUUACUACUGAUCUACAUCACUAACCAGACCACUAUCUGCAUUAACUGUUUGUUUUUUUCUUUUACUGUCCUUUUUUUCUUCACUACAUCUCAGCUGUGUUAUAAACUGUCUGUUCAUGUUUGUUGGGUUAUUACCAUAUUCACUCUUGCAUAUCCAUCGUCUUACUUACGCCUCACUUGCAGCCAAUCAGAAUCGAGUACUGACCCAGACCACGGUUUGAGUAAUAAUAAAAUCAUCUGAUGCAGCUCAGAUUAUCUCAGGGGGACAUAGCGGACCAGUCUGUCUCUAAAUAAGACCUUAACCCUUGUGUUUGACUUCGGGUCGAAUUGAAAAAACUAUUUUUGUUUUAUAUCAGAAAAUAUGGGAUGUAGAAAUAAGCGCUGAAAAUUUUAAGAAGAGAAAUUUUAUAAUUUAAAACGUUGGAAAAAGCAAAAACAAGGUUGACGGGAAGACAACACAAGGGUUAAACUGUAUUUAUUAUCUAGAAAGUAUUAUUUCCAUGAUGUCUGCUAAAGGAAAUGUGAACUAUACCGAAGUGAUUAUCUUUGAAAUCACUUGAUAAUGAAGUGAUGACAUGUGAAUGAAGGGAUGAAAUAAUAAUGAUCACAGACAUGAUGUGCAGUUAAUAUUCAGAUACCAUAAUGUGCCUUAAACUGUUUUAUCUUAUUCUGAUAAAUAUUUUAUUUUUUGGGAUUCUCAAGUUGUUACUUUUAUAUAUUCAGUAAUGUGUGUUUUUUAUUCUUUGAACAAAAAUAAAGCUGCUCCAAAUAUCCAACCUCA